GAAUUACAAAAGAUUGGAAUUAAAAAUAAAGGGAUUACUAAUAAUUUCAAUAUGUAAUGUUUUGACCAAAAUAACCAGCUAUGUAAAUAAUUUGUUAUAGGCACCUUGCAAAAUAUAUUUAGAAUUUGCUAUUUCCAUCGACUUAUGAGCUCAUCGACAAGUUCCAAUUUCAAGUUUAACAACAAAGAAAUCCACUUAAAAAUUAUUAUUAAACUUUCAAGAGUAUUAAAUAUUAGUACUAUUUUAUACACAUUCCAAAAGUUUUUCUAAUAUUUACAAUUUUUGUAUCUAGCCUACGAUACUUAACGAAAUUUAAAUAGUUUUGCCGAUCGAGUUGAACUCGCCUUAAAAGUUACUCUUUAACUUCGUAAAGACUGUGAAUAUAGUAUCAGAGAUUUCUUCAGUUCAACAAUAAUUUAAGUAAUAUGAAUCAUUUCACCGUUUUAUUAUUGACUUGUGUCUUUGUAAAUGUUUCGGCCGAUUUAAUGGAGUAUAUAAGAGCGGUUUCUCUUGCGAACAGACUCAUGAAGCUAGCAUCGGGAAUUGAGAACGAUGUGGUGAGAAGUAAGAAUGUAGAAAAUGGGUUAGAAUAUGUAAUUAAAUCAAUUGUCUGUGAAAAUUUUCAUACGCUGGACAGAAUGAAUUAUAUGAUCGCUGUACCGGACUUUGCACCACUUAACAGUGAACGAGAAAUUAUAGAUGCUAUAGGCCACCAAGGUGUUAUGGGAAUAGAAAUAAGCCAUGAUUUAAAGAUUCCUGUGGCUGAGGCCACUAAAAGAAAAUAUAAUUUUGAUGUCUUGGAUAGACAUUAUUUGAAAGAACUUGCAGAAGAGAGAAGACGUCUUACUGGACCAGCUUUAAAAAAUAUAAUCAGACGUGUUAUAGACACCAUUAUCUAAAAUUCAUUAUGCACUAUGGACAUUUAGUUUAUUUCUACUGUAACAAAAUUACAGACCUUACACAGUUAUUUAUUCCUCUGUCUAAGUCCCCUGGACAAAUAAAAUAUGUAUUUAAUAGCAUGCCAAAAAGUCUUAAAAAUUAAAUUUGCUUUUUUUUGUUUCGACACAAUAAUUAUAAUGAAGUAUAACUAUUUAUGGUGAAUAAGAGUGUGACGGCUAUUAUGUUUACCGCAAAAUUUUAAACGACCUGUAAGUAAAUGUUUACUUCUUAUGCAAAAAAAGUAUAAUAAUUACAAAUAUACAAAACAGAUAACAAUAUUUUACAAUGAAGAUUCUUGUCGUUUGGUACUUAUCACAAAAUCCCAUCGAAUCAUUUCAUUAUUUAACCGUUAAACCGCACGUUUUUGCUGUCUACUUUUUUAAGUGGUAAUAAAAUAAGUAAAACAUGAAUACUUUCAUCGAGCAUUAAUACUAAUAGUAGGCUGUACAAAAAAAAUGAAUACUAUCACAGGUAGAAAUUUAAUAUAAUUAUGUAACUAUCAGAAGCAACUUUUUUUACAAGAAAGGUAGUUGUGUGUAGAACCGCGAGGAAAUAUAUUAACUAGUAAGAAUAUUUUAGUAAAUUAAAAACAAAAAAUGUUUUUAUUUUUUUAGAUAGAUAUGAACAUGGUGUCUCUUUAUUAGGGUUGUGUCGUUUGAUAGCACUGUUAAUGAGUACAAAACUCCCAUCGUCUAAUAAAAAAGAUUUUAAGACUGGCUCUAAUGGUACUUG